GAUGCUGCACACGCUGGUCCAGGAAGGCCUGAUCUCAGAGUUCACCUUCUUCUUCAUACUAGAGACCACCAGUGAGCUGCAGGGAACCAAACAGCUGAGCCAGGCUACACGCUGGCUGCUGGCCCGUGCCCCCCCGCUGCUCCCUCUCUCCUGUCAGACCCUGGUGCAGCUGGUGGAGGACGCGCUGAGUCGUGAGUUCAGCCCCAGAGUCUACGCCCACCACCAGGAUCGCGCCGCUGCCCUUCUCCCCCCCCAGGAGCCAGCGCCUGUCAUCCAGCUGUACAACGCUGUCCUGGCUCACCUUGCUGACAAAGUGUCGUCUCCGGACCUCAGCAGACUCUCCUGGCCCCCGGGCGAGUUCUGCCUGCAGGAAUCCCAAGACUUUGUCCCUCAUCUGGGCUGGAACUCUCCCAAGCACCUGGCCUGGCUCCGAGAAGCUAUCCUUAGCCUGCAGCUGCCCAAGUGGGAGCAGAUCUCUGCCACAGACUCGUGGCCUGAGCUCUGCGCCUCCAUCUUCCACUUCUCCGCUCAGAUCCCAGUCUCCCGCCGCAGCCAGCCCCUCCUGAUGUCCCGGCUGGAAAACCUCCUGGAAAGGGUCAGGGUCAAGGGUCACCGUACCCAAACCUCCAGAUCCAGCCGUGGCGACGAGGACGUGUGUCCGACCUUCAAUCAGAUCCCUUGGGACGACAUUCUGGUGAUCUGCAUCGACCACAAACUGAAAGACUGGCAAAUCCCCGAACCCCCCGUCUCUGAAGAUGCUGUUACAGACGAUGGGGAGAUCCUGGUUUACUUCCCCAUUGAGACCCUGAAGGGGUUCAGGCCCCCUGGGGAAUGGACUGAGGUCAUCAGACAAACACACAGAGAGAAGCAGCAAGAGGAGGAAGGGUAAGAACAUACUAAAAGA